AUGGUGGAAGCAUUAGGUGGAGGAGUGAUUCCAGUAAGUGCAGUGCUUGCUGAUAAAGAUGUGAUGCUUCAUAUCAAACUUGGCCAACACGGAAGCACAUUUGGUGGGAACCCUUUAGCUAGUGUUGUCGCUACGGCUUCUUUAGAUGUUAUCGAGCAAGAGAAACUCGUCAAAAGAUCAGCAAGUCUUAGAGAAGAACUGAGGAUUCAACUGAAUGAAAUCAAGAAACAGUUUUCUAAUUACAUCAAAGAAGUACGAGGAAGAGGAUUGUUCAAUGCGGUUGAGUUCAACAGCGAAAGCUUAUCUCUAGUUUCGGCUUAUGAUAUUUGCUUGAGCCUGAAGGAGAGAGGAGUUUUGGCUAAACCGACUCACAACACCAUUGUCCGCUCUGAUGAACUACGAGAAGGCUUUAAGGCUCUUCAUGAUGUGCUUGAGAUUGAUCUUUCAAAUCUGCAGAACACCAAUUCCGGCAAAACUCCGGUUUCUCAUUUAACCGAGUGUGAUCGCUGCGGGAGAAACCUCUAUGCUUGA